UAACUAUAAGGGCGGUCCGAAACUUGAGCUUCUAGUCCGAAGACGUCGACCCCUAUAAUCCAGUGAGAAUUGGAACACUACCAAACCUACGCUAGACAGAAAACACUCAUUCUAGCCUACCAAUACAGAAAGCUUUGAAGAGCUAAGCAGUGAUAGCGAGCUUCUGAGAGAGGAAACGAAAAUUCUGCGUGCUAAAGAUAUUUACAGUUCUUGUAACCCCUUCCCUAAUUCAAAACCAUGGACUGCAUAUCAGGUACCUGGAUCGCAGAGCCUAAAGCAGAAAAAGUUGAUGAAUUUUUGAAAGCUGCCGGAGUGCCUGACGGCAUGAUCGAAACGAUUAAGAAGCGGGAGUACGAGGUGACUUACUCUGUAGACGGCAAUAACGUCACGUGCGUUGCCAAGGUAACCAACGACCCGUCGGUGCAGCCUAAGACGUAUACACUAACGAUGGGACAGGAAUCGGAAGUCGAGACUCUUGAAGGCAUGAUGAUGAAGUAUACAAUGACGUGGGACGGCAGUAAGUACGUGGAGAAGUGUAUCACGGGAAACAUGACUAUUGACAGCAUAAGGGAAGUAAACGGGAGCACUUUGUUUGGUAAGUGUUUUGCGGCGCUCGUAACGGAAAUGGUUAUAUGAGCGAGUGGGACACAUUAUACCUUUUUAGUUUGGAUAGAAAAUUUUGAACUUUGCCUGGGUGGUGGCUGAAGCGUACUCUUAUCGAUUUUUUAACCACCAAGGGAUUUAUAGACACAGGACCUCGGAGAUUUUCGCCAGUAUCCGAGAAGGUUAGGUGUUAGAUCCUGCCUACCCUAAGAUCAAGGGUGUGGCUGAAAGACAACAGUAAGAAGGGGCCAAGGAGUAGCAGUAGAAAGGCUCCAGACCACGAGAGCCCCAGUAUCGUCGUAUUUAGCAGCUGGUACAUUAAACUAGCUGUUAUACACUCUGUAACAGAAUUAUAUGUUUAACUACAACUAGUUCUAUUGUAAAUGACGUUUUUGGAUUCCUUUAUUUCCUUGCAGAAGUAGAAAGUCCGCCUGAUGCUGUUUGAACAAUUGUAUAUGGUUGAUGACAACGGAAUAAACUUGUUUGACAAAUCAUUAUUUCAAA